CGACCUUUCGACCAACCCGCGCUUCCUUUUUACAUUAUGGCAAAAUUUGCUUUGAUUCUCUUGUUGGCUUUCCUCGCCACGUUCACCGUCAUCUCGGCUCUAUGGAUUGGUGACGGACCGGACUGUUCUGCCAAUUCUGAUCUUUGCCCCGUUGGAACGAUGCCUACAUGCGUUGCUUUUGACGCAGCGCGCGCCAGUGUGGAAUGCCCAAGCACUUGUGGCGACUUUGGUAGCGUCUGUGAUGAGGGCUUCAAAACAUGCUGCACUUGAUAUCACCUAGAUGGGAACUCUCGCUUGUACUGUGUAAAACAAGCUGCACUCUCUUUUCUACUAUUGUUUUUGACAAAUAAAGCCACCAUGGAUACACUACUAGGUAACAAUGUCGUGACGCCAUGCUUCUUUCCAG